AUGAGGAGGUGUUGUGCAGCACUGGGUCUCCCCUUCGGGUGCAUUGCUCUGUGUCUGUGCUCUGAUAGCAUCACUCAAAGCGCACAAAGUACUCACUACGGUGUGCCGUACCUACCAUUUUAUGCCUCGCACUGUCAUCAGUUUGCCGUACAUAAAGAGCGCGAACGACAAGGUAUUCACGAGUCGAUGGCUCACCACAAAUCAGCGCCCCGUGAGCUCCUGUAUCCCGAAGCCCUAAUGGAGGGCGAUCUCAUACUCCAGGCAUUAAACGGAUUUCUACUAAUACUCACCUGCGAUGGAGAGGUCUUCUAUACCUCACAUACAGUCGAAACAUAUUUAGGCUUUCAUCAGAGGUUGGACAUCAGGGGUCGGAUCAAAGUACUGGACGGCCAGAACCACAAGAGCGAAGAGCCCCCUUUGGCACUGUUCGCUGUCUGCACUCCAUUCGGUCCGCCAUCCCUCCUCGAAAUGCCUCAAAAGGACUCUAUGUUUAAAAGCAAACACAAACUCGACCUCUCCUUGGUCUCAAUGGAUCAAAGGGGACGCCAACUGUUGGGUUACAACGACAAUGAGUUAUCGAAUAAGGGUGGUUAUGAUCUAGUCCAUUACGAUGACCUCGCUUAUGUUGCCAGCGCUCAUCAGGAAUUACUAAAAACAGGAGCUUCAGGACUGAUAGCGUAUCGUCUGGUGACCAAAGAUACAAAGUGGCAGUGGUUGCAGACCAGCGCACGAUUAGUCUAUAAAAAUAGUAAACCAGACUUCAUAUUAUGCACUCAUAGGCCCCUCAUGGAAGAGGAGGGUCGGGAUCUAUUAGGUAAACGAACGAUGGAUUUCAAGGUGACAUAUCUGGACGGAGGCCUGGGAGCCAUGACAGAUAGGACGGGCUUUCUAUCUGAUAGUGAUUUUGUGCUGCGAUGUCAAAGGAGUCGUCGAUACAAAUCGCAGGUCAGAGAUGUGGUGACGACCUGUCGCUCGACCGGCAAACGUAAGAUGACUGCAGGCGUCGAUCCGCACCCGUACUCCGCUUUCGAGGAGAGCCCGGCUGUGAACGCAGUGACGGCCGCCACACACGCGGCCGCAGUGGGCGCCACCACCGGCUACCAGAACGCAGGGAUGUAUCCCUAUCCAGACAACAUGAACGGGUUGUCCACAUACGCGGCCGCCGUGUCAGCGGCUGCUAUGCCUCAGAACCUGUUCACCGCUGCCAUUGACCACAAUUCGCGCCCAUUUCUGGCGCCCGAAAACUUUCUCCAUUAUUCUCGUCACGCAUUGGGACCCUAUUAUCCCGACUACCAUCCGGCGGCCCAAUACCCCACCAAUGGCUUUCUGGACCACAUGAGUACGAGUCGAACUGCACAUUGUUUUCCCGGUUAUGGCACCGACACCAAUAGUAUAGUGAAGGAGAACUCCGAUAAGCUGUAUAUGGGGGUCGGCUGUCAAAUGGGCAAUGACUCCAAGUUCUCAAUGAGUGAAACGGUUAACACAAACGGCAGAACACUUCCUAAGACUUCCUGUUGUGACACAUAUAUGAGUGGUGCGACCGCUCCCUGUAGUCUCAUGAGUGCUUCGACAACCAUUCAGACCAUUCAUCAGCCAUUAUUAGCCGACACAAAGAUCGCAGACAUCCCAUCGCACCGUAACUUUGGUCUGAGUUCGGGCGCCAACGACUGUCUCAGUGUUAUCAAACAUAAAGCGAGUCUUCCUUUACUCACCACAAACUCCAUAUCCCAUCGCAACGAUCACAACUCGGUCGACCAUCCCAUUGCCACCACAUCCCAGUCCACUCCAUCCCAAUCCAUACUAUCGGCGUUUAGUACCGCAAAUAAUAUCGAUUCGCGACAGAGUGUCCUCAUGUGGGGUACAAAUCACCACAACUUCGGCCCCCGGAAUAAGUAUGGGUUAAGUGGGGCUGACAUUAAGCCAAACGAUCGGGUGGUGAGUUGUAAAUGGAAUGGAAGUAUAGCCAACCCGAAGCCAUUAUCCCCGCACCCGUCGGUAGCACACAGUCCUUCGAGUGCUAAGGUGCCUAUGAGUGUCCCCAUCACUGGCUACACCACACAGGCCUACGCCACGGCUGACGUCUCCCCUAUCGAGCAACCCUUGGCUAAGCAGUUGGAGUACUUCAGAGGUAUAGCGAUGAUGGAUGGCUGCAAAGAAAUGAAUCCAUUACUGACCAUAUCUGAGGUGACAAAUACUCUUCUCAACCAAUGAUCAACUCUUCAAUACCAUUGAAAUCCUCAUCGCAUUUGAUGACAAAUUAUAUCAUUAAUUCAUUAUUAUUAUUGCUAUACAGUAAACAUAUACAUAAUUAUAUAUAAGUUCAUUGAGUGUAUAAAAAGCAUGAAAUUAAUUGUAAAUUAAUUUAAAUACCGGUUCCAAAGCUUUAUUAUCGUUUUAUUUCGACCAUAAAAUCUUAA